AUGGCACUUCUGAAAGAUAUUGUUUUGAACAUUCUUUCUAAGUUUGAUGUGUUACAUAACGAGUACGCUGAUGAUGUACGAAAGUUAGAAAAUAUAUUUGAAGUGUUAAUGAAUCCGCUGGACUCUAUGGAGACUGAGUACCAACGAUUAAAAACUCUUGCUAAACGAGGAGCAUUCAUUGCACCUCAGCCUUUUCACAUGGGUUCUGUCGAUAAGUAUGUUCCAGGACGAGACGGCACUGUAGCAUUGAUCGAAAAACCAGUGUCUGGUUAUGUUGUUCCACUGAGAAAAGUUUUAAAGGUUUUUUUGGAGCUUCCUGGAAUGUUUCAUUCAAUUGUAAACUACAUUCGAGUUCUUGAGUCAGCUCCUCCUGGAAAAGUUACUAACAUUGUGCAAGGUAGUUUAUGGCGUAAUGUCAAACUUUCUUUCGGCGAUAAAAUUGUAUUGCCUCUUGAAAUAUGUUUUGACGGUUACGAACCUGACAACACCUUAGGUUCUCACAAGGGAGACCAUUCCAUAGGUGCUCUGUACGCCCAGUUGUCUUGCUUACCCGAAUAUCUAGCCUCGUCUCUUGACAACAUGUUCUCAUUUGCAAUGUUUGAAUCGAAGUAUCGAAAAUCUUUUGGAAACGCUGUGGCAUUUCAUAGAGUUAUUGAAGAAUUGACGUUUUUACACGAUGAAGGAAUUACUCUGUGUAUAAACAAUCACAAUGUGCAGGUAUAUUUUUGUUUAGUAGCAAUUAUCGGGGACAACAAGGGUAUCAAUGAAAUACUUGGAUUUAUCGGUUCUUGGCGAGCUUAUUUUUAUUGUAGAAUAUGUAAGCAGCAUCGUGACGUUAUGAGCCACUGGUGUCAUCCAGUACCUAAUGGUAGUCUGCGUACCAUUGACAAUUAUAGAUUUGAUGUCAAUGUGCACGACCCUCAACAGACAGGCAUUAACGAGGAAUGUAUUUUUAAUGCAGUUCCUUCGUACAAUUGCGUAGAUUUCCCCUAUUGUGACGUGGCCCAUGAUGUCCUAGAGGGGAUGCUCAAGUAUGACUUAUGUAAUAUUUUGUAUUAUUGUAUUGCUACGCGGGGAUAUUUCACUGUAGAGACUCUGUGUGAAAGAGUCGCUGGGUUCGACUAUGGCCCCUCUGAGGUUGGCAACAAGCCUCCAUCUGAACAUUUUACUAUUGAAAAAUUGAGAAAUUGCUCAUUAAAUUUGUCAGCUUGUGAAUGGUUAUGCCUUGGCCGGUAUCUAGGACUUAUGAUUGGUGACUUGAUCCCCGACAGAUCCCAUGAACUGUAUGCCCCAAAUGUGUGGAAUUUAUAUAAAAUUAUUCAUGAAAUUUUAAUGAUUGUUGUUUCCCCUGUGGUUAACACAGGGGUACAUGAGUAUCUAACUGCUCUAGUUCAGGCACAUCAUGAAGGGCACAUAGAAUUUUUUGGUGCAUUGAAGCCUAAACAUCAUUUUUUGUUGCACUAUCCUAAGAUGCUCGAACUGUAUGGUCCUCUUCUUCCUUUAAGUGCCCUAAAGAGCGAACGUAAUCAUAGGCGAGGGAAAGUCUAUGCACCUGCUUGCCACUCUAGGAUUGACUUUGCAUACAGUUCUAUUGUAAAAUACCAAUUAAUUUUAUGUGAUCGUCUCUUGCGAAUUAACAACAAUCCUCAGUUGUUGUACACUAAAAUAACAAGAGUUCGUGUGCAAUCUCUUCCAAAUCAUGAAUGUUUUGUACAUUUAUUUCCCAAUCAAGAUCAUGUAGAAAUUGUCAACGCAGCCACAGUUUGGGGGACACUCUACACUGUUGAAAUGAUUUUAGUUUUAGAAGUUCAGGAUUUGUUUCCAGUGUUUGGAAAAAUAUUGUACAUUAUGUUGUACAAUGGUAAUGUCGCUUUUAUCUUCCGUAGGCUAACUACAAUAGCUUACAGAGAACAUAUUUGCUCCUAUGUUGUUGGAGACACAAACAGCCUUGGUUUCGUGCUGCAAAACGAACUUGUUUCCCACUCACCUCUGUGGCAAAGAAUUGCCACAGAUGAUGGAAGGAAUGUUGUGUGUUUGAGGCAUUCUUUGUAG